AUGUCAUUGAAUUUAAUACUAACCAUGUGCGACUAUAUAGGUUCCUCUUCGUAUAUAUUAACAUUUGGUAAUAGUGGUGACGAAGUCAUCCCUAAUUCAUUCAUAACUGAAGUGAAGAACAUUGUGUCUGAGUUUGGAGGUAAAGUAACACAUGAAUAUGCGUUGAUCAAAGGUUUUACAAUGGAUAUCCCAAGCGAUGUUGUGCCCAAUUUGAAGCAAAAACUUGAAUUGGUAGAGAAAAAGUUUGGUUAUUCGUUUAAUUUGGAAAGGGAUAGUGAAGUUCAUGCUUUGGUUGGUCAUGAACACUAA